AUGGAGAAAGCAGAGCAACCAAUGAAAAAGGGAGGUUACUCGUCUGGUGAUAUACAACUCCAGUAUGCAUCCAACAACGCUGCUGCAGAUCUCAAAGUUGACACCGAAUCUAAUAUUGCAGCAACUGUGUCUGUUGCAGAUAUUAUCCCAUCAUCGAAGACCAUUGCAUCUUUGAAAUACCCAAAUUAUGAUUCCGGCAAGGUGGUUUUUCAUUCAUCAAUUUAUAAUUACCUCGGUACGCCCACCUUCGCCUUGGGCGCAGAGGCAGCAUACGAGACUUCCUCCCGUAAGCUCACAAAAUACACUGCAGGCAUCACCGUCACCAAGCCCGACUCAGGUGCCUCAAUAACAUUGGGCGACAAAGGGGACACGCUAACGGAAUCAUUCAUACACUAUGUGGAUCAGUCGAAGAGGAGCGCUGCUGGAGGAGAGAUUGCCAGAAAGUUCUCGACCAACCACAACACGUUCACGGUGGGAGGGUCUUACGCACUUGAUGACCUCAUGCUGGUCAAGUUCAAGCUCAAUAAUCAUGGCGCCUUAGGACUGUUUUGCAGCCCCAAAUCAUAA